AUGGGGAGUCUACGGAGGGUAGUCGUCCUGCGUUUGCAUCUGAAGCAGAUUUUUUAGUAGACUUCAGACGGAGCCUACGACGGCGGAUGACUAUGAACUUGGCCAAACUUCCUUGAUAAUCACACGUAUACCAACGCGUGGGAAGCCAUAUUACAUAUUUUUUUAUUCUAUAUCCUUAAUCCAAAAUGACGAAUGUUCUUUGGUUUUCACCUACGGCUUUAAUUUAGGCGAGGAUGAAGAAUGCAUUUAGAAUCGACUAGAUCGAACUACGUUUCGCCGCGGAGUGUUACUGAUUUUAAUAGUGUGCAACAGUGUAGUGGUGCAGUGUGCGGUAAUCACUGAGCAGGAGCUAGUCUGUGCGCUAAAAUUGGUAGCUACAAAUGAACUUUGUUUGUGCAGCAUAUGUGUGCAUUUAACAAAGUCGUUGUUAAAUCGCCCACUUAAUUUUGUCCUUUGGAUAGUUUUACAUCUGUAUCUUGCGAAACCAAGGACCACAGUACUGGAAGGACUUUACUGACCUCAAGAUGUCAAUUCUGCCUUUUACUCCCCCAAUUGUGAAAAGGCUUUUGGGUUGGAAAAAAGGCGAACAGAACGGACAAGAGGAGAAAUGGUGUGAAAAAGCUGUGAAAAGCCUGGUGAAGAAGUUGAAGAAAACAGGGCAACUGGAUGAAUUGGAAAAAGCCAUCACGACACAGAAUAUCAACACGAAAUGUAUUACUAUACCAAGGUCCCUGGAUGGACGGUUACAGGUGUCCCACAGGAAGGGCCUCCCCCACGUCAUCUACUGCCGCCUGUGGCGCUGGCCCGACCUGCAGUCCCACCACGAGCUGCGGGCCGUGGAGCUCUGUGAGUACGCCUUCCACACCAAGAAGGAUGAGGUGUGUGUCAACCCCUACCACUACCAGAGGGUGGAGACGCCAGUGCUGCCUCCUGUGCUGGUUCCCAGACACACAGAGAUCCCCAGUGAGUUUCCUCCUCUGGACGACUACAGCCACUCCAUCCCAGAGAACACCAACUUCCCCGCCGGCAUCGAGCCACAGAGCAACUACAUACCAGAGACUCCUCCACCUGGCUAUCUCAGUGAAGAUGGGGAGACCAGUGAUCACCUGAUGAACCACAGCAUGGACACCAGUUCACCUAACCUGUCACCAAACCCAGUGUCUCCAACACACAGCAAUUUAGACCUACAGCCUGUGAUGUACUGUGAACCAGCCUUCUGGUGUUCUAUCUCCUACUACGAGCUGAACCAGCGGGUGGGCGAGACCUUCCACGCCUCCCAGCCGUCCCUCACCGUGGACGGCUUCACCGACCCCUCCAACUCAGAGCGCUUCUGCCUGGGCCUCCUCUCCAACGUUAACCGUACCGCCGCUGUGGAGCUGACACGCAGACACAUCGGCAGAGGGGUGCGUUUGUACUAUAUUGGAGGAGAGGUGUUUGCAGAGUGCCUCAGCGACAGUGCCAUCUUCGUCCAGAGUCCCAACUGUAACCAGCGUUAUGGCUGGCACCCCGCCACGGUCUGCAAGAUCCCCCCAGGCUGCAACCUGAAGAUCUUUAACAACCAGGAGUUUGCUGCCCUGCUGGCCCAGUCGGUGAACCAGGGCUUCGAGGCCGUCUACCAGCUCACCAGGAUGUGCACCAUCCGCAUGAGCUUCGUCAAGGGCUGGGGAGCAGAGUACAGGCGACAGACCGUGACCAGCACCCCUUGUUGGAUCGAGCUGCACCUCAACGGCCCCCUGCAGUGGCUGGACAAGGUGCUCAUGCAAAUGGGUUCCCCUAGCAUCCGCUGCUCCAGCGUGUCGUAGGAAUACUCUUCCCACCCUCUCUGUCACAGCACCAGUGAAUAAAACAGACUAGAGACCAUAGACACAUCAACUAACCCUCGUCUGAGACAUACUCUCCCCAACCCUCGUCUGCGACAUACUCUCCCCAACCCUCGUCUGCGACAUACUCUCCCCAACCCUCGUCUGCGACAUACUCUCCCCAACCCUCGUCUGAGACAUACUCUCCCCAACCCUCGUCUGAGACAUACUCUCCCAAACCCUCGUCUGCGACAUACUCUCCCCAACCCUCGUCUGAGACAUACUCUCCCCAACCCUCGUCUGCGACAUACUCUCCCCAACCCUCGUCUGCGACAUACUCUCCCCAACCCUCGUCUGAGACAUACUCUCCCCAACCCUCGUCUGCGACAUGCUCUCCCCAACCCUCGUCUGCGACAUGCUCUCCCCAACCCUCGUCUGCGACAUGCUCUCCCCAACCCUCGUCUGCGACAUGCUCUCCCCAACCCUCGUCUGCGACAUGCUCUCCCCAACCCUCGUCUGCGACACACCAACUGACAGCACUUUUUUUAACGUUUUUUAAAAACAUGUUUGUGGCAAAAGGGGGCGUGUGCAUUAAAACAGGACGGCGUUGUUAUCGCCUCUGUCAUAGCCGUUUUUUUUAUUGAACAUGUUUAUAUGUCGGCAUCUAGUGCCAACACCGCUGUAGUAUGGGAGAUUUUAAGGCAUGAGAUUCCUCCAUUUUCUUUUCUGUUUUUGUUAUCAUUGUGUAGUUAGUUGUACAUAUGUUUAUGUAGCGGUGCAAGAUAUUUACUAGAUUGGGUAUUUUCGGAAUGAUGAGUGAUACUGCUUUUUACAUAGCAUGCUAGAAGAACAUGAAGUUUUACACAUUUCAGUGGAGUUUGUUUCUAUGGUUAGGUGUUUUUUUUUCGUUGUCUUUUUGUUACAAAUUUGUUAGCUGAUUGAAAAUAUAUGAAUUUGUCGUCAUGAAAUAUGUUCCUCCCUUGCCACUUCUGAGUAGUGUGUAAAGGGAAAUCUAGUAAGAAGCUUUUAGGCGAGGUCAAUGUUCUGUCUGUCCAUUCCUCUGGGCGGGUUUCCCAUGUUCUCUAGUUUGUCCCGGAACAGUGCAGAUCGUGUUUGUGAUCCGUCUUUUUGGAAGCGCGCCAAAUCUCUUUCCCGCACAGAGACCAUUGGGUUGUGGAUUUGAACUGUCACCCAGAUAUCCUCUGACUGUCUGAGGAGUUUGACAUAGCAGUGUAUUUCUCAAUACAUCUGAAACUGUGGUUUGAUUAUCCAUAGCAUUUGACAAAAUUAGAACUUUACAAAAAUUGUUUUUUGUAUUUUACCCCCUUUUUCUUCGCAAUUUCGUGAUAUCCAAUUGCGAUCUUGUGUCAUCGCUGCAACUCCCCAACGGGCUCGGGAGAGGCGUAGGUCGAGCCGUACAUCCUCGGAAACAUGACACGCCAAGCCGCACUUCUUAACACCCGCCCACUUAACCCGGAAGCCGACUGCACCAAUGUGUCGGAGAAAACACUGUUCAACUGACGACUGAAGUCAGCCUGCAGGCGACCG